GAAACCCGCAACUCAGAUAUACUCACCUUUACAACCAAAUCAUGAGCAACACGGCGCCAAACCCACGUGACAACGACAAGGAUCUGCGCACGGUUGUCCAACCAGCCCCAACCACAUCAGCAUCGGCUACUACUUCGAACAAUCCAAGAUCGGAGGCGCACAUUGAUCCCUCAAUAAAAGCAUACAUCGACGAGUCGAUCCGCUCAGCAACCACAUCGAUCAUCGGAUCCUUCAAGCAAUAUAUCGACUCCCAGUUCGACAAACAGAGGCUGUGGAAUGAACAACUGCAAGCAAACAUCAGCAAUAUAUUGGCUCAAGCAACUCGGACCAGGAAAGAGACAGCUCAACCUAUGGGUAAGUAUCCUUCAACUCCUGUACUAAACGAUCUUAUUAUGAGAGCAUCCAGAGUCACCCUUCAAAGCCAGGACUCCAUAACACCACCAAGCGCACACCCAGCUACAUCUCCCACAAAUCCGU